CUAUUAUUUUUGCGUCUUGAUCCUAUAGGAACAAACGGUUAACUUUCUAUUGAUUAUGCUCAUCUCCUCUAUCAAAAAAUAUAUAGAAUUGGAGACAAGUUCUUGAGACUUGGUAUAGCUGAUACGCAUGACCAAAGAAAGAAGUAGCAUAGAGUCCACCCCACGAUUUUUUUUUCAAUCUCGUUUCAGAUGUCACGAAUAUUAGUCUUCUGCAAUUUCACAAUUGAGAUUCUUUGUCCAUAUCUUUUUGUGUGUUUGUGAUUGGACUUUUGUCAUAUUUUCACAUUGUCUAAUAAGCCAGUUAAAAAGAAAAAUUGGUUGGGGGGCAGUGAAAUUGAAUGUUGAAGGUAGUUUCCCCAUCACCAACACUUGUGUUGGAAAAAUUUUUGAGCCUUGAAAUACUUUCAGGUGAUUCAUUCGUUUACUGUGAAUGGCUUAUUGAGAGUGCAGCUAGAGCUAGGACUACUUGAAGUUAUGUUGUGCUGCGGAGGUGCAGAGGAGGAGAGCAGCGGGCCCCCGGCAAACCAAUACCCAACUGCACCACCUAGAGGGGGUAGCACAUACGGAGGAGGUAAUGAUAGAGGAGAGCCUAGGGGAAAUGUUGCGAAGAGUGGUGCCCCGCAGAAAGUAUUGCCGAUUGAGAUACCCUCUAUGCCAUUGGAUGAAUUAAACAGGUUAACAGGAAACUUUGGUACAAAGGCUUUUAUUGGCGAAGGUUCUUAUGGACGAGUUUACUAUGCAAAAUUGAGUGAUGGUACUGAUGCUGCAAUUAAGAAGCUGGAUACCAGUUCUUCCGCAGAACCUGACUCAGAUUUUGCGGCUCAGUUAUCGAUUGUUUCAAGACUGAAGCAUGACAAUUUUGUGGAGUUGAUUGGAUAUUGUCUAGAGGCAGAUAACAGACUUUUGGUUUAUCAAUAUGCAAGUCUUGGUUCUUUGCAUGAUGUGUUACAUGGAAGGAAGGGUGUACAAGGGGCUGAACCUGGUCCAGUAUUAAGUUGGAGCCAGAGAGCAAAAAUUGCAUUUGGUGCAGCUAAAGGUCUAGAGUUUCUUCACGAAAAGGUUCAGCCUUCUAUUGUUCAUCGCGAUGUUAGAUCUAGCAAUGUCUUACUGUUCAACGACUAUGAGGCCAAGAUAGCUGAUUUCAGCUUAACAAAUCAGUCUUCUGACACAGCCGCCAGGCUACAUUCAACAAGAGUCUUGGGAACAUUUGGCUAUCAUGCCCCAGAGUAUGCCAUGACAGGGCAGAUAACCCAGAAAAGUGAUGUUUACAGUUUUGGGGUUGUGCUUUUAGAACUCUUGACAGGAAGAAAGCCAGUAGAUCACACAAUGCCCAAAGGACAACAAAGUCUUGUAACUUGGGCAACUCCAAGGCUUAGUGAGGACAAAGUGAAACAAUGUGUGGAUCCUAAGCUAAACAAUGACUAUCCUCCAAAGGCUAUUGCUAAGUUGGGUGCUGUGGCAGCACUUUGUGUUCAGUAUGAAGCUGACUUCAGACCAAACAUGACCAUUGUUGUCAAAGCUCUCCAGCCACUUCUCAAUGCAAAACCAGCUGGUCCCGACUCUCAUGCUUGACAUUGUGAUCUCAUUUAAUCAUGAGGAUUAUUAGAUUUUUGUGCAAUUUGUAACACAAUGAUGGAAGUUGAUUUGGUUUCAUUGUCGUAUAGAUUGUAUUAUGCUAUGCCAAAGAUGAUUUGGUUUGCUUGCUCUCCUUUUUAGUUGGAAACAUAUGUUUGUACACGUAAGGAAUGAAUGAUGGAGACCAAAAUUUGGCCUAUG